CGGGGGCCAGCCAGCAUGGGCACGCUGCGCGACCUGCAGUACGCGCUCCAGGAGAAGAUCGAGGAGCUGAGGCAGCGCGACGCGCUCAUAGACGAGCUGGAGCUCGAGCUUGACCAGAAGGACGAGCUCAUCCAAAAGCUGCAGAACGAGCUGGACAAGUACCGCUCGGUGAUCCGGCCCGCCACGCAGCAGGCGCAGCAGGCGCAGCAGGCACAGCAGGCGGCACAGCAGCAGGCGGCGCAGCCGGGCGGCGGCGCGGGCAGCGGCGGAGGCGAGCCCCGCACCAAGCGCCAGGCGAUCUCAGCCGAGCCCACUGCCUUCGACUUGCAAGACCUCAGCCACGUGACGCUACCCUUCUACCCCAAGAGCCCCCAGUCCAAGGAUCUUAUCAAAGAAGCCAUUCUUGAUAAUGACUUCAUGAAGAACCUAGAGCUGUCCCAGAUCCAGGAAAUUGUGGAUUGUAUGUAUCCCGUGGAGUAUGGCAAAGACAGCUGCAUCAUCAAAGAAGGCGACGUGGGCUCCCUAGUGUAUGUCAUGGAAGAUGGAAAAGUUGAAGUUACCAAAGAGGGGGUGAAGCUGUGCACUAUGGGACCAGGCAAAGUCUUUGGAGAACUCGCAAUUCUUUACAACUGUACCCGCACAGCCACCGUCAAAACUCUUGUAAAUGUGAAACUCUGGGCCAUUGAUCGACAAUGUUUUCAGACAAUAAUGAUGAGGACAGGUCUCAUCAAGCACACAGAAUAUAUGGAGUUUUUGAAAAGUGUUCCCACAUUCCAGAGCCUCCCUGAAGAGAUUCUAAGCAAGCUGGCUGAUGUUCUGGAAGAGACACACUAUGAGAAUGGGGAAUAUAUCAUCAGGCAAGGGGCCCGAGGGGAUACCUUCUUCAUCAUCAGCAAAGGAACGGUAAAUGUCACUCGAGAAGAUUCUCCCAGUGAAGACCCAAUCUUUCUUCGCACUUUAGGGAAAGGAGAUUGGUUUGGAGAAAAGGCCCUCCAGGGGGAAGAUGUGAGGACUGCCAAUGUCAUCGCUGCAGAAGCCGUGACCUGCCUGGUGAUCGACAGAGACUCCUUCAAGCAUUUGAUCGGAGGCUUGGAUGACGUUUCUAAUAAGGCCUAUGAAGACGCGGAGGCAAAGGCAAAAUAUGAAGCUGAAGGGGCAUUCUUCGCCAACCUGAAGCUAUCCGAUUUCAACAUCAUCGACACGCUGGGAGUUGGAGGUUUUGGACGAGUGGAGCUGGUCCAGUUGAAAAGUGAAGAAUCAAAAACAUUUGCCAUGAAAAUUCUCAAGAAGCGCCACAUUGUGGACACGAGACAGCAGGAGCACAUCCGUUCUGAAAAGCAGAUCAUGCAAGGGGCUCAUUCAGAUUUCAUUGUUAGACUAUAUCGGACCUUCAAGGACAGCAAAUAUUUGUAUAUGUUAAUGGAAGCCUGCCUAGGUGGAGAGCUUUGGACGAUUCUCAGGGACAGAGGUUCAUUUGAAGAUUCGACAACCAGAUUUUAUACUGCGUGUGUGGUAGAAGCGUUCGCCUAUCUGCAUUCCAAAGGAAUCAUUUACAGGGACCUCAAGCCAGAAAACCUCAUUCUCGACCACCGAGGUUACGCCAAACUGGUUGAUUUUGGCUUUGCAAAGAAAAUAGGAUUUGGAAAGAAAACAUGGACUUUUUGUGGGACCCCAGAGUACGUAGCUCCCGAGAUCAUCCUGAACAAAGGUCAUGACAUUUCGGCAGACUACUGGUCUCUAGGAAUCUUAAUGUAUGAACUCCUGACUGGCAGUCCUCCUUUCUCAGGCCCGGAUCCUAUGAAGACCUAUAAUAUCAUAUUGAGAGGAAUUGACAUGAUAGAAUUUCCAAAGAAGAUUGCCAAAAAUGCUGCUAAUUUAAUUAAAAAACUAUGCAGGGACAAUCCAUCGGAAAGAUUAGGGAAUUUGAAAAAUGGAGUAAAAGAUAUCCAGAAGCACAAAUGGUUUGAAGGCUUUAAUUGGGAAGGCUUACGAAAAGGUACCUUGACACCGCCUAUAAUACCAAGUGUUGCAUCCCCCACAGAUACGAGCAACUUUGACAGUUUCCCUGAGGACAAUGAUGAGCCACCGCCAGAUGACAACUCGGGAUGGGACAUAGACUUUUAGUGCAUUUUUCUUACCUGCUUCUGCCUUGCUGAAGACAGCUUUUCUGAGACACGGCUGCCAGCAAACCUGAAGGAAUGGGAGAAGAUCCGUGCUCGGGGUCACCAUGAUGCCUUGAUCGAUGAUGCUGCUACAGCACUCCAGUGGCAUUAGGACUUAUCGCUUAGAAGACAAUAUGCUCUCUCUACAUGUUUUAUGUUUGAACCGAAAAUUGUAGUUGACAUGGUGGUCCUGAAGCAAAGCCUUUUCACCAGUAAAGAAACGUUUUCUACCACAUCAAUGAUCUUGCUUUGCUCUAGUUAUAAUCUGAAAGAUAGUAAUGGUAUAAGAAAUUCUUCAAUCGAGCUUCAGUCUGAACCUUGCAGCUAGGAUUCUCAGUAGGAUCAAAUUGUGCUUUAUUGGGUACUGUAGUCCUGUGUGGUAUGGGUGGCCAGGGUGUCAAUACUACUCAUCAGAAAGAUUUUGGGGUCUUUUACUGCAGGCCAGUGUCUAUACAAAAAAAGGACCACAAGAUGAUUAGUCAAGGAGCUCAUGUCAAAUCAGUACUAAACUGUUAUUUAAUUUUUUCCCCAAGCAGUAGUUAUGACAAGCCUGAAUAUUUUCCUUUUUAGCUUUGUUUUUGCUCAUUUUUCCUUUUUUCUUUACCAUCUAUUUUACAUGGGAGGGGGAAGAGAAGGGAACAAGCAUUUAUUAAGCUUUAUUAAGCGCCUGCUACGUGCUAGGCACUGUGCUAAGCGCUUUCCAAAUAUCUCAUUUAAUGAUUUUUAAAAAUAGUGAUAAAAGCACAACUCUGCUAAUGGUUUCUGAAAACCAUCACGGCAGAUGUGGACAUGUUCUUAUACACAAAUGACAGUGAGGUGCAUGAUGCUUCUGGUUUGGAUUUUUUUGUUUGUUUGUUGUUGUUUUUCUUUUUGGUCCACAGGCUUGGUUGGAUUUAAAAAAAAAUUCAUAACCAUUUCACGUUUUAGCAGAAUGGUCCUGGAGCUUGGAGGGCGGCAGCUGAUUGGUUUUAUUCAUUCUCUAAUAGGCCCUCAGACUGAGGCUUUAAAAAUAUUCUCAUUUUUUAAAAGAUCUCCCCUGUCCUUGAGGGGAAAAAAUAAGACCCAUUAAACACCCCCACAAAAACCACUCUAGAGGUGCUAUGUAUAUCUUUCAUCUAUAAAUGUCAAUGUGUAAACCAGCCAACACACAUCUCAACCAUUUCAUAUGCAUUUCACAGGUAGCCAGAGACUCACACACACACACACACACACACACACACACACACACACACUACCACUGAGGUGGUUAAACCAAACUCUUGUCAUAGUUCACUUUCAUAUCCCCUUAGCUCCUGGUCUAUGGAAAAGGAGAGGGGGGACGCAGGAAUAAAAUCAAUUAAAUCUAGCUUCUUGUCUUACUUUCCAGAACCAAGCGAGACUGGCACCACCAAUGGCCCAGUCAGCAAUUGAGGGAUGAAACACUAUAACUGAGUCAGUUCAGGGAGGAAGACAAGAAUCUGACCGGCUCAAUGUCUGUGUUUUUCCAAAGGUACUAUAUACAUAAUGAUAUCAGCCCAUUAGCAUCUGGAGGAAGAGAAAGAAAAAGAACAUUGGGCAGGGAUCAAAUCAAAAGUUAUAAGAAUCCAAAAGGCAAAUUUACACCCAAAAAGGCACUUAAUAUUUAGCUCAAAAAGACUAAGUCAAAAGACUUUGGAAAUAAGCACACAAACAUACACACAUACAUAAUAAUCAGAUCUGGUUUUGUGUGUCUAAGAGGUAUCUUGAAGAUUCAUGUUCAAAAGGAUCUGCUAAGGGAUAAUACCCAAGUUUAUCUAGUGCAUUUGAUCAUGAGCCUUUGAAAUGUUACUUUGGCACAAAGUACAGUCACUUCAGUCAGGAUUCUAUGUUUUCAGUAAAUCGCUAUUUCGCUACAUUCUCCUCUGAGUUUGGAAUAGUGUGAAGGAAAGCUGAGGUGGAGUUUCAUUGCAGAGGCAGAUGAAGUAAAGACUUAAAUGCAACAGCUGAGGAAAUCAAAUGGGAUGAUUUCUACAAAAAUGUAUCUGCUUUAGAUCUUCAUGUCAGAGAUAGAAAAGCCAAAUAUUUUAAGUUCUAGAAGAUGACACAUUGCAUCUAAAUUUCUUGUACUAAAGACAUCUUCAGAAAUGCAAUGAUUUUUCUUUUUAUUUGUGUAGGAGCACAAAUGGACAUGGACUCUCUGAAAUAUAGCAGCAGGAGGGACAAGUUCAAAUAUCUUCGUGUACUCGUACACAUAUAUUUUGAACCAAAUCUUUAGGAUUUUUUGCCUUGAUUCUUUUAAAAUAUGCUUUCUAUUUCCUUCUAAAUUUUCCAGUAGGACUGAUCUUUUAAAAGAUAUUAGCAGCAUAGGUGGGGAGGGGCAGGAGAGAGGGAGAUAAUAACUCAGAACUCUUUUUUUUUUUUACUUAAUAUUAAAAAUAAAUAAUGAAUUUAUUUCUUUAAAGGACAUUAGCAUCAAUAGACAGUUCUGAGCCCCCAAUUUAACAAGUUUAUCUCUAAAUUUCUAAAUAAAUUUAUUGCUAAAUAAAUUUCUCUCUAAAAGAGAACCAGCUCACUACUGUUGAUUUCAGAGAUCUAAAUCUUCCUAGUCUAAAAGUUUUCUGUUCUUAGCAUUCCUUCUGAUUUGGCUUGGAUUUUUUUAAUUGACCCUUGUACAUUGAAUUACUAUAGUACAGGAAAAGAAACAAACAAUAACUAAAGAGACUAAAAUGGAAGUAUUCAUAAAUUUUUUUCAAAAUGAAGUUUAAUCUACCCAAGAUUUGCUAGAACACUAGCUAGAAAAGUCAUCUAAAUUUUAUAUUCUUUUAGAUCCUCAAAGAAAACAAAAAUAUUCCUCCCCCCCAAAAUAAACAAAAAAACAAACCGUGACUCUUAUGACAUUUCAAAAACAUCGAGAUUCCCUCCCCCACUUGUCAUAGGUCUCUGCAAUGAUUGUCCAUUUCGCCAAUUUCUGGAAAUUAACUAAAAAAAGUUACAAAGUAGCACCGGGCACCAUGAAACUGACGACACAGAUUCUUUCUAAUGCUUGUAGAUUUCAUGUGUAGUAUGGCUUUGUGCUAUCUGGAGCAACACCCGAGUGUAUCGACAAGGAACUACUAGUGUCAAGCAAAAAAUAAUAAUCUGUAUCCAAUCCCCAUAACCUUCAUCACUGAACUAAAGGAUUCAGGUAUUGUCUGUAUGCACACAAAGACUUGAGGGCUAAAAUCAUGGUUUUCACAAAGUACUUUUUACCCAUUUUCUGAACUCUUCCUUUCCCCUUCACCAUUUUCUACCUAAUAGUAAGUAGUAUCUAGAAGAAAUGUCCUUGUUUGCUUUGCUAAAUUUCUUGUGAAUACAUCAAGGUUUGGGGAGAAAGAACUUUCUGUGGGAGUUUAUUGACGGUGAUAUUGAUGAACGGCUAAGAAAAUGGAUGUUACAUUAUUUGGGGUGAACCGAACACAUAAAAGAACAUUUUCCUGGGGAAAUUUCUCAAAAUGACCUUUAUGUCCCCUUUGUCCUUGUAGGCUAGGACAUAACAUCUGACCUAUGUAGCUUCUAAUACCAAUCUGUUGGGAUCCUUUAUUGCCAGUGCAAAUCUAUUUUCAAGUGUUAUUCUCUCCUCACAACGAUGUGAUUUGCACAGGUCUACACACGAUGAUAUUUAUAAACUUACUGUCAUUGAUUUGUUUUCCUAAUCUGAGUCUCACUUUUAUGUGAGCAAACCAACAACGUACUAGAAGACUCCAAGUCAGCUACCAUAUUGAAAACCAGGAUGUUAGGACUGAAUUCCCAAGGUAGAGGUGAUCUGUGGUUUAUUUCAGAACUGCAUUAUUCACAAACAAUUUUUCUUUCACAAUAGGACCACAAAGAAAUAUUUAUGUAAAUAGAUAUUUUCGUGCUGAUAUUUUGUGGUACAUAGAUGACUUUCUUUUUGCCCGUGUUUCAUGGCAUCCUCCUUUUGAUUUCCUUCUUUGUAACAGUUUUAACGAUUUUAGGUCAGAGUAGACUCGAAUGGUCACAAUUGUCAGUAUUCUUGAAAACUUCUGUCCAUCAUCCUGUUACUCAUCCGUCCCAUAGUUUAGAUCAUGACCUGGCUAUUUGGUAUUGUUGCAAGUGCCUUAAAUUCAUGGCAUCCUAUUUAAAAAACAAAAAAACAAAGUUGGUGUUAUGCUGCAUGACAAAGACAAAUACACCUCAAAAUGUUGUCCUUUCUUAGCUUGCUGCGUUUUACAGUUCUUUCUGCUAACGAUUUAUAAGCCUUUAUUAUAUAAUAUUGAACUACAGAAAUGAUGAAGUGGUUCUCUUAUUUCUGUUAAAUGUACCAGAGCUGUGUAUCUGUUCAUGAGAUACAGCGUCAUUUCUGUGAAAUGUCUAAAUGUACGUGCAGGUCAAAUUAAUAUAUGACAUACUAUCAGUCUGUAUACAGGUAUUCCUGUUUUGCUCAGCUGUGCAGAUUCAAUGAAAAAAUAAUAGUGCAGUAAAAGUUCAAACAUAUCAUGUUUUCUAGACUCCAUUCUGAAUGGUCCAUGGCCCCCCAAAAGAAAACAUUGGUCAGUGUCUGCAAUUCACGCCAAACUCAGUCACAACCCGAGACAAAAUUCACACGAACCAGAGCCCCUGGGCGCGCCCCAGUUAACAAAACAGGAUUCUUGCUUUCUAUGAGUUCUUGUAUAUGCAAAUUGUUUAUGAGACAAGUCUCAAACACACCUAGAAAGCUGGAUGUCGAAAAGUGUGUUCUUAGUCCCCUUCUAUAACUGUCCCUGCAUAAACCGACAUAGCUCUGAGACUUUGAUAAUGUCUCCAAUGUUUUAGGCUUUUUGAUUCAAGGGAACUUUAUUUAAGCAUUGCCUCAGAUUUAUCCCAGUUUAUGCUGUUUUUACACUGGUCAGUUCUUUUGUAUUCUUACAGCAAUGAUUCUUUGACUGUCCUCUUAUGGAUUUGUUCUACAUGAAAGAGGUUUUUUUUGUGUGUCUGUCAACAUGUGACACUCGUCAUCAAAAUGGUCCCUGACCAUUUGUACUCUUUCGAUGUAGAUGGAAAACUUUUUUUUCAUAAAGUUACCCGCUUUUGAUUUGCUCUGUAUUUUCCCUGCAGCUGUAAUUGCCGAGUGCCUGUUGUAUACUUUAUAGAGUUGAAAUAAAAAAAAAACAAUUACUUUUGAA